AUGGAACCUACUCUGACGGCGGAGGCGGCGGCGCAGCUGCAAGAGGGGAUUCAUUUGGUCUUUUCUCGAUGGGCCGCCCUCCGCAUGGUCGUCGAGAACGAGUGGGGCGGCCGUGACUCGCUCAACAAAUCUCAUCAGCUCGAGCUGAGUAUUUUUCAACGCCUCACUCAAACAAAAGAACAAGUCUACAUUGAUGACAUAGAGGAUAUGCUUGACGACUUCAUGCUUUCGUUGAACACUGAGAUUGGAGAUGGCAGCAUUGAGGAGGAAUUAUCCCCAGAAAAGUUAAUGUUUAUGCGUGAAGAAUGCUUAGAAGGAAAUUUCGACUCCAUAAAGACGUUGAGAGAAUCAAAUGUCCCAACUGUUUCUUAUAACAGACAGUCUGGCAGCAAUGAUCAUGAUGAUAGUGAUGAUGAUGAUAAAGAUGACAAUAAUCUAGUUGGAGAAAAUCCAAUGGAGAUGGAUGUUGAUGAUGAUCCACAAUUGCAAUCUAAUCACACCCAAAAGGGCACUGUGAAUCCUGAGCCAAGUGUUCCUAAGUUAGAUGAUGGAUGGACUGUGGUAGCCUCUAAACGGAACAGAGGAUUACCGGAAAGCACAUCCAGAAGUAACAGUUCUUGA